AGUGAGGAAUGCACCUGAACUGGAUCCUGCAAGAGGAAGAAUGACUGCUGAAAGUCGCCAAGCCACCUGUUCCGGGACACAAGUUUCCCUGGCAGGUCCGAGAAAAAAUCAUUAUCCAUUCAUUUCACCAAUCCCCGUCAGCUGCUGUGGCGCAGUUGAUCUGACAGCGGCUCAACAACAAUGGAGGAGUGUUGCCUGCCCGCUGAGCAAGCGGAGAGACUCAGGGUACACAGAGAAAUAGAGAAACAACUUCGACGUGAUAAAAGAGACUCUCACCGGGAGCUCAAGUUGCUGCUUUUAGGGACUGGUGAAAGUGGGAAGAGCACUUUCAUCAAACAGAUGAGGAUCAUCCAUGGCAGUGGGUACAGUGAAGCUGACAGGAAAGGUUUCACUCGGCUAGUGUUUCAGAACAUCGUCACAGCCAUCCAGGCCCUGAUCAACGCCAUGGAGACUCUAAAGAUUGACUACAUCGAUGACCAGAACACUAGCCACGCACAGAAGCUGAGCCAAGUGGAGGCAGACCAGGUGUCCACUUUGGAGGCUUGGCAGGUGGACGCCAUUAGGCGAGUGUGGAAUGACCACGGUAUUCAAAGGUGCUACGACCGCAGGAGGGAAUUCCAGUUAUCUGACUCUGCCAAAUAUUACCUGAGCGACUUGGACAGAAUCACAGCCCAGUUUUACAUCCCCACCCUGCAGGACAUCCUGAGGGUCAGGGUCCCCACCACGGGCAUCAUAGAGUACCCCUUUGACCUUUCCAAAGUUAUCUUCAGGAUGGUGGAUGUGGGUGGCCAGCGUUCAGAGAGGAAGAAAUGGAUCCACUGUUUUGAGAAUGUCACCUCCAUCAUAUUUCUGGCGGCCCUCAGCGAGUACGAUCAAGUCCUUUACGAGAGUGAGAAUGAUAAUCGACUGAAAGAGAGCCUCGCCUUGUUCAAGACCAUCCUCUCAUAUGCUUGGUUCCAAGAGUCCUCCACCAUCCUCUUCCUGAACAAAACAGACUUGCUAGAGGAGAAAAUCACACACUCUCAUUUGGCAACCUACUUCCCGGCAUUUACUGGGCCUCGGUGUGACGUUGAAGCUGCGAAAAAGUUCAUCUUGCAAAUGUAUGUGCAGAAUCACAGCGGGCACCCUAAGGCCCUUUACAAACACUACACCUGCGCCACGGACACAGAGAACAUCCGGGUUGUCUUCAGAGCCGUCAAAGACACACUCUUCAGAGAGAACCUUGAAAGAUUCAACCUCGAAUAAGGAGGUCGCAGGAUAAAGUGACAGUUCACCUUUAGGAACCCGGAUCCUGGUUAUACAGUAACAUGUAACACUUUUAUGGACAUUUUAUCUGUUGUGUGCUGUCGAUUGCAGCUUGUUCAAAGACAUCAGAGAGAGGCAGUCAGAUAGCAGUGUCAGGUAAGGGACACUUACUGUAACUGCACUGUUAAACACUGACAGUUUGUGACAUAUCUUAAGAAGUGGUAAAAAAGCACAUUUUCUAUUGCUACAGGAGAGAAACGAACAGCAGUGUCAGUUAUUUGAGCUGUUACCAGAGGGGUUAUACCAUUACUGUUAGAUAGAUAGACAGUCAGUAAAUGGUAUUAAACUGGUUAGACGAAGUCUUGUCUGCUAAGAAUGUACCCCACCCUGUUUUACCGCUCUGGGAGGAGGGAAUAGCCUGCCGGGAACCACAGUGCCUUAGUUUAUAUUUGUGUUCAUGUUUCUAUGUGUUUUUAAAAUAUACUACAUGUAAUUUGUGUUAAACAAACUGGAUUAUGCAUCGUUCCUUAUCUGUCUUGUAACUGUGCACAAAACUUUUUACAUUAAAAACGUGUAUGUGAAAAACCA